AUGGAGGUCAAGCCAACAGAAGAUUUAUGGACUAAAACCCAUAUAGAUGUAAAUUACUGUCAUGCAAACACUAGAAAGAGUAGCAGUUGUGGAUACUGUAAAAAUAAUAAAGAUAAGAUUGCCAGACUUACAGAGCUUGAUCAGAAGUAUUCCUACCAAUGGGGGUUCUCCUCUCCCAAAAUGACUGUGCAAGACUACCAAGAUCUCAUGAAUAAAGGAUGGAGACGCUGUGGAGAAUAUUACUACAAGCCAGACAACCAGAAGUCUUGCUGACAACUCUACACUAUCAGGCUCGAAGCUGAGAAGUACCAGCCCAACAAGAAACAGCGCAAGAUCAUGAACAGGUUCAACAGGUAUUUGCUUGGCACAUACGAGCCUGGCAAGAGUGCUAGCAAUGAAGAAACCAAAAUGGAAGUUGAUGGUCACAAGCCAGAAGACUCAGUACUCACUGAACUGAACAAACAGUUGCAAGCUGUAAUCCAAGAAAAUACUGAAGCUUUGGAGUCCAAUGGUAUUGACACAAGCAAGAUGGACAUACACAAAGCUGUGUUUACUCGUUUCAAACAGCAAAACAAGAAGCACAAGAAACAAAAGAUGCAGAAGAAUAAAGAUAUAGACAGACAAGCUCCAACUUACUCAAGUUCAUUCAUGAUAUCUUUGUGCAGAGGAGCCAAUGCUCAAGAAGCCACCUCUAGCAUUUGUGAAUCUUUGAAGCAGAAACUCGAUUGAGAAGACCUCAAGAUUACAUCUGUUGAGUGUUCGAAAUUUGGACAUUUAAAUGUGUUCUGACAAAACCCUGAUAAUCACUUAGAAGCAUCUUCAACUACACACAAAAUGAAUCCAAAAGCAACCAAGCAUGAAGAAGCCAAGCAUGAAGAAGGCAAGGAGGAAGCAGAAGAAGAAGCCAAAGAUGAUCCCAACCUGGAAUACACAAAGUACUUUGACGAGUACUUUCCUAUCAGCAAGGAAGAUGUUGAGAAGCAUGGGUUCAAGCACAAGUACUCAGUCAAGAUAUUCAGAGCCAUGGUCACUGAUGAAUCCUUCGAUGUUUACAAGAGAUAUGAAGAAUCUAUUCAUGAAAAAGCAGAAAAGCAAAAAUCCUCUUAUGGCCGCUUUCUUUGUUGGAGCCCUUUAUAUGAUCCAAAGGAUGAAGUAGAAUCAAAAAGAAAGCCUAGGACCGACCAGAAAGACCAAGACAAUGACAGAGUAUUCAAAGAUGAAGGAGUCUGGCCAACCUUCCACGGCUCCUACCACAUGUACCAUUAUCUGGAUGACGAAGUGUUCGCCAUCGGAGUGAUCGACAUCACGCCGAACGUGAUCAGCUCGGUGUACUUCAUGCACAACGCUAAGUUCAACUUUUUGUCGCCCGGAGUCAUCGGUGCAGUCAGAGAAAUCGAGUAUAUCAACAGAAUCCGCAAAGACUUCGACGAGCAGAUGAAGUUCUACCUGAUGGGUUUCUACAUCCAGGACUGACAGAAGAGUAUUUACAAGGGAGAGUACUACCCUUCGCAGCUUCUGUGUCCAGAGACUUUCAGAUGGUACGACUUGGAACCACUAAGGAAGAAGAUCGAUGAACAUGGGUAUUGCAGAUUUGCAGAAGAAGGAGUAGAAAAGAUCGAAGAUCAUAAAAUAACUCAAUCAGAAGCCGAAGAUUUUUCAAAAUCAUUCUUUUUCUAUUUCAAAGACUACAAAAUGAUCUUGCCUAUCAGUAUGGUAAACCCGGCUGUAGCAGGAGCUAUUUCUGAAGCAAUCGAAGAAAUUUUCAAGAAUGUUGGAAAAGAAUUAAUGCCAAAGCUGAUGUUCUUCGCAUAAGAUGAUUUCAAUA